AUGUCCACAUAUUCAUUAUAUCCUGUGAUGCAUGAGGCAAAUACAUUUGAAAUAUUCUCGAUGCUUUUACAGAUAGGGCUUGAUAGAGCCAACAAUACUAAGACGAUCUAGCAGAGACUUAACCAAACUGAGCAUAUCAAAACUCCAACCGAUUUCUUAUCUUUUGUUAAUGUUAAUGAGAAAUGCUUAACUCAAUCACUUAAAUAGGAGAAACAAAGAGUGGAAUAGGAAUUUGCUCUCAUUGAAAUGCUGGUCCCAAACAAAUCGAAAACACAUUUGAUGUCCUUCUAUCAUUUAUCACUAAAACUAAUAACGUAGUGGUUACCUCAAUUCCAGGUGAAGGUGAACUUGUCUGGAGAAUUUUUAGACAUAGCAGAACUUUAUGGUUAAUUUUUUAUUGCAUCUGGGAUGAACCAUCGAUUACAAUAGAUACAGGCGAUCAAGAAGAAUAAUUUGUAUGAUAAAAUUCCUUUUAUGCCUCUCCUUAUGAAGUGGUUACACGAAUAUUGCAGAUCACAAUUUAACAAAUUGUUCUCUUCCCUCUAUGGAACUAUAACCUAAAUGAAAUCUAAUUAUAAACAAAUUGUUAGCAAACCAAAGGAAGAGAUUUUUUCACCUAGAGUAAAUAAGAUGGCAAUAAGCAGACCAACCUCUUGUAUUAUUAACAAAACACGAAGCAUUAGUAAUUACAGCAUUCGUAAAACAUCAUAAGUGGUCUCUAAACGUAACAAUAAUUAAGCAGUCUCCAAAUUAAUUAAUUUAAUUUCUGAUGUUAUUGAUAUUGAUCUUACUCAUUAUGACUAAUAAACUCAUAAAAAAAAAGAAUAAAUCUUUAGCACUCUUUGGAGCAAAAAUUUUCAUGUCAGAUCUACACAUGAAAAAUAUCAACAAACUUAUGGACUUCAAAAACCAUAAAUUUCAUCCCAUUUUUUCAGUACUCAAAAUAAAAGACCAGCUAGCUUUUUUAAGCAUUCAUUUCAUAUAGACAAUAAUAAUCUUAGUUUAUUUUGA